AUUAAACAUUUUUUUUUUAAUUCAAAUUUUAUUAUUUAAUUUUGUAUUAGUCGAUUGAUCGAUCACUGGAAAUGUCAUUUCCGAUUAAGAAUCUGUUAAUUUGGGCCGCCGCCGUGGUUCUUCUCCCGGCGGCGGUGCUCGGAGACUGCACGUGCGAGGCGGAGGAGGACGGCGGCGAGAGCAAGAGCCUGGCGCUCAAGUACAAGGUGGGGGCGAUCGCCGCCAUCCUGGUGGCGAGCGCCGUCGGGGUGAUGCUGCCGGUGGUCGGGAGGAGGGUUCCGGCGCUGAGUCCGGAGAGGAAUUUCUUCUUCGUGAUAAAGGCGUUCGCCGCCGGCGUGAUUCUGUCGACGGGGUUCAUACACGUGUUGCCGGAUGCAUUCGAGAGUUUGACUUCGCCGUGUAUUCCGGCGAGCCCGUGGGGGGAUUUUCCGUUCACCGGGUUUAUCGCCAUGGUCUCCGCUAUUGGGACGCUGAUGGUUGACACGUACGCAACAUCGUACUACCGGCGGCGGUCGGGGGUGAAGGCGGUGGAGGGCGGCGGAGCCAGAGAUGAAGAGGGAGGGGCGGCGGUUGUUCCGGUGCACACGCAUGCCACUCAUGGGCAUGCACACGGGUCGGUUUCUUUGCAAUCGGAUUCCGGCGAGACUGAACUCCUUCGCCACCGUGUCAUUUCUCAGGUGUUGGAAUUGGGAAUCAUAGUACAUUCUGUAAUAAUUGGAAUUGCAUUAGGAGCUUCACAAAGCCCUAAAACAAUAAGACCACUAAUUGCAGCUUUGUCCUUUCAUCAAUUCUUUGAAGGCAUUGGUCUUGGUGGCUGCAUUACUCAGGCAAGGUUUAAAGUAAGGGCAGUAACAAUAAUGGCAGUAUUCUUCUCCAUAACAACCCCUGUUGGAAUCGCAAUCGGAAUCGGAAUUACAAACAUCUACAGCGAGACGAGCUCAACGGCUCUGAUUGUACAAGGAGUUUUCAAUGCAGCAUCUGCCGGAAUAUUGAUCUAUAUGGCGCUCGUCGAUCUUCUUUCUGCCGAUUUUAUGAGCCCGAAAAUGCAAAGUAAUGGAAAACUACAAUUAGGGGCAAAUUUGUCACUUCUUAUUGGUGCUGGUUGUAUGUCUCUCAUAGCCAAGUGGGCUUGACUUCCUCUAUAUAUAAAGUCUUUUCCACAUUAUAUUUUGAAAAGUAAAACAAAUUAUGUCUUAAUUUAUUCUUGUGAAAUAUUAAUUAAUAACAAAUUUGUUGAGUUUAAUUAAUUGUUGCAGCCUCGGAUCUCUGUGGUCUUGCUAAUUAAGAUUUGAGAAUGGAGUGAAAUGACAAAUGUUUUGUUUCGGGGGAUUCGAGAGACAUUUUUUUUGUUAUCGGUUUCGAUUUUUUCGAUUUUUUCUACGGUGAUUUAUUUUGUUCAAGAAUUUUAUGAUCUACUAUCAGUUAUGAUGUUUAAUUUA